AUGUACAGUCAAGUCGAGCAUCCUGCCGGCGGCUACAAGAAGCUCUUUGAGACCGUGGAGGAGCUGUCGUCUCCGGUGACGGCCCAUGUCACAGGCAGGAUUCCCACCUGGCUCCGAGGAAGCCUCCUGAGAUGUGGUCCCGGCUUGUUCGAGGUGGGCGCGGAGCCCUUCUAUCACCUCUUUGACGGCCAGGCGCUGCUCCACAAGUUUGACUUCAAGGAGGGGCACGUGACCUACCACCGAAGGUUUGUCCGGACUGAUGCGUACGUGAGAGCGAUGACCGAGAAACGGAUCGUGAUAACAGAAUUUGGCACCUACGCGUACCCAGACCCCUGCAAGAACAUCUUUUCCAGGUUUUUUUCGUACUUCAAAGGCGUGGAGGUCACCGAUAACGCCCUCGUUAAUGUCUACCCUGUCGGUGAAGAUUACUACGCCUGUACCGAGACCAACUUUAUAACCAAGAUUAACCCAGAUACUUUAGAGACAAUUAAGCAGGUGGAUCUCUGUAAAUACGUGUCCGUCAAUGGGGCAACGGCCCACCCCCACGUUGAAAACGACGGGACGGUCUACAACAUCGGCAAUUGCUUUGGAAAAAACUUUGCGCUCGCCUAUAACAUCAUACGGAUUCCUCCGCUUCAGGCAGACAAGGAGGACCCGAUGAACAAGUCGGAGGUGGUGGUGCAGUUCCCUUGCAGCGACAGGUUUAAGCCCUCCUACGUUCACAG